AUGCCUGCUGUUGGAAGUUCUUGGAAGUCAAACAGAAACUACGGCGCUGUCAUAGACGCAGGCAGCUCUGGUUCUAGAAUACAAAUAUACUCUUGGAAAGACCAUAGAUUUGUGCGCGAACAGAACGACAAAUCUCUUCAUGUUCUUCCGAACAUCGAACUUGCAGACGAAUUAGGGGAGAAAUGGCAGUCUAAAGUAGAACCAGGGAUAUCUUCUUUUGUCGACAAACCGAUGGAUGUUGGGGAUCAUCAUCUUAAACAAUUGUUGGAUUUUGCACUUGAAGUCAUCCCACAGCAUAAGAUUGCCGAUACUCCGGUAUAUUUAUUCGCUACAGCAGGAAUGCGUCUUCUAACUAAUGAACAGCAAAGGCAAAUUUUAGAUAGUGCAUGUGCUUACAUUCGAACUUAUUAUCAUUUCCGAUUGGACAAAUGUGGAGACCAGAUCAAAGUCAUCUCGGGUGUAAUGGAAGGAAUAUACGGCUGGCUUGCCGUAAAUUAUAAAUUGGGAGGAUUUGUUACCGAUAAUGUUGAUCAUUCUACGCCUCGUGGCGUUCAAGAUCUUUCAGGAGCCAACAAACAUAUUACUACCUUCGGCUUCUUAGAUAUGGGUGGCGCUAGUGCACAAAUCGCAUUUGAACCUAAUUCGUUAGAGGCUCAAAAACAUCGAGAGGAUUUGCAAAAUGUAACUCUUUACACUCUUGAUGAGAAGAAAUUAGAUUAUUACGUGUUUGUCACAACAUUUCUGGGCUUUGGAACUAACGAGGCCCGUCGAAGAUAUGAUCCUUGUAUACCGAAAAAUUUACUUCUCACAGAUACAUCUCGUCCUCCUCCGUAUCAUGCCUUUCAAGGAACUGGAUCUUUUAGGGAUUGUCUUGAGCAAACGUUUCCAUUGCUAAACAAGACAGUACCUUGUAACGAUCCACCUUGCUUGUUUAACGGAGUUCACGCACCCAACAUAGACUUCUCCGUAAACCGGUUUGUCGGUAUAUCUGAAUACUGGUAUACUGCUGAUGACGUUCUUAAGUUAGGAGGUGAAUGGAAUUAUGAAGCAUUUGAAGAGAAGGCGGCUGACUACUGCUCAUUAAAUUGGGAUGACAUCUUGGAGAAAUAUCCUGACAUUGAUAUCCAGCGGUUAGAGAUGCAAUGUUUUAAAUCUGCAUGGUUAGUGAACUUUCUGCAUGAUGGAAUUGGAAUUCCUAAUGACAAUGAAGUAGAUGCUUUUGGUGAAGAUAACCCACUCUUCCGGAGUGUCAAGGAUGUUAAUAAGAUACAAGUAAGCUGGACACUAGGUAUGAUGGUAAUGGAAGUAUCUCAUUCAAUACCUUCAUCUCCAACUCCUCCAACUCCACCUCGCGACCCACAUUCUGAACGUCAGAUCCUUGUGAUGUUGAUAUUUCUGCUGGUAUUGUUUACAAGCGGAGUCCUCUUCUAUCUCCGUAAAAAUGGAAAUGUGAGGAGGAGGAUGUUUUCAUGUUUGCAUGCGUGCUUCUCAUCGCCAUGCAGGCGAGACAAUUCCGAUUAUAGCAUUAUAGACGGACAAUUUGCAUCUCCUAACUCUGCUCCUAGUUGGCGUAUAUUAAACACCGUAAAGAUGAUGCAUAUCGUUAUGAAAGUAUGGAUUAAUCGGUUCAAGCCACAAUUUAGACCAUUUUCCUCUAAAAAAGGGGCCGAUUCUACUGAACAUGUGUUUGGGAGUGGAAUAUCCGGCGAAGAUGACAUCCAUCUUCGACCAACAGAUGCAGGAAGCGGUAUUCAAGAGUCUCAAACUUCUGUGAACGAGAAUGUAUUUCAAUCUAGAUAUCCGAAGAAGAGGUUGAGCGAUGAUAGCGUUGCUCCGGGUAGUCCACACGAGGGCAUUAUGGAGGCUGAGGUUUUAUCAGCAUCAACGCCAGGCUUGUUAUCUCUGAACGGAUUACAAUCCCGUAACGCAAGCUCGACUACCAUUAAUAUAAUGAGCGGUAAUAGUAACAAUGGUAAUCCAGGAUAUUCAUCGACCCGUGCUCGAUCCACUCCAUCCCUACUGCUCGGUGGCGUAUGGAAGAACGAUGUUAAUAAUGAGGAUAAUAUUAUUGAGUAUGAGACUCCGGAUUCUGGGCAGUUAGACAGCAUGACUCAUUUGACAUCUCUAUCAUCUUAUUCAUCAUCAACCAUACCAAGGGCAUAUAACUUUCCUUCAACAACGUCGCCGCGUAAUUCAAUACAACCUGUUGGAGGUAGCGGUGUUGGGUAUCAUAGCAACCAUUCGUCUGUGGAUAUGGGCUCGAUGGGAGGGAUUACAGGUUUCAAUAGACCGAACAGCCGAGCAGGAAGGACGAUGAAUGUGGACAAAAACAAUAAGGGACUUGCAAAAGAUUUAGAAUAG